AUGAUUUUAUUGUACCAGGAGUUGAUGGCACAGAUUCGCUUGCUCAGACAGGCAAUGACAAGUAAAGACACCAUGUUGCCCAAACCAGUCUCACCACCAGCCUGUGUAGACAACCUGCAACCAGGGGAAGUUGAGGAUAUUUUCUGCAUUCCACAACCCAAGUAUCUGAGCCACAUCAAGAACCCAUGCUGGUAUGCUGUGACGCCAUCGGACCCAGGGGGAAGAACUCUGCAGUGUCUGCCUUACUUUCACAUCCUAGGCUGUGCCAAGUCAGGCACCACAGAUCUGUGGAACAGGCUGAUGUCUCACCCGCACACCGUGUCCAACGAUGGGCUGCUGCACAAGGAGGCUUUGUGGUGGUCUUGGUACAGAUAUGGCAUGUCUGGCUACAACAGGAACCGGCCGGUUCAGAACUUCAGUUAUUACAUCAGCCUGUUCCAGGACACAGCCAGACAGAUUCAGUCUUCCAUCGAUCAGGAGACACUCUUUCAUCAGAUCCUUAUCACAGGUGAUGCAUCACCACCUGACUUCUGGGACUUCAGAGGUUGGGUCAACAUCAGCCAGAACCGCCUGCAGACAAUCCCCAGCAUCAUCACCCCACACCUGAUGAGGCACAUCUAUACCAACCCAAAGUUUAUCAUCAUGUUUAGGGAUCCCAUCGACAG